AUGAUGAGCGGACGAAGAUUGGCCUCGUGUUCAGCAGUCACAGCUGUGUUGCUGGUGCUCAUAAUUAGUGGUUCAGUUACAUCGUCAGACGAAUCAUUGUUUCCUCGUUUCGUGGAGCCGGUCACGAACGUGACGGUGACGGUGGGACGAGACGCGCUCCUCGCCUGCGUCGUCGAAGACUUACGAGGUUACAAGGUGGCGUGGGUCCGCGUUGACACUCAGACAAUUCUGAGUAUCCACCACAACAUAAUAACCCAAAACGCGCGCAUCAGUCUGUCAUACAACGACCACCGCUCGUGGUACCUGCACAUCAAGAACGUGCAGGAGGUGGACCGCGGCUGGUACAUGUGCCAGGUCAACACCGACCCCAUGCGCUCCAGGAAGGGUUACCUGCAGGUGGUGGUACCACCAGUGAUAAUAGACAACAUGACGUCGACGGAUAUGGUGGUUCGCGAAGGUACCAACGUGACCAUGGUCUGCCGAGCCACUGGCUACCCUGAACCGUACGUCAUGUGGAGGCGAGAGGACGGACAGGAAUUCAACUGUAAUGGCGAAUCAGUGAACGUGGUAGAUGGUGAAAAUUUAACGAUAUCGAAAGUGUCUCGACUUCACAUGGGCGCCUACUUGUGUAUCGCCUCGAACGGAGUCCCGCCAUCGAUCAGCAAGCGCGUCGUGCUCAUGGUGCAAUUUCCACCGAUGUUAUCCAUCCCGAACCAACUGGAGGCGGCAUACAUUGGGCAGGACGUGACGCUGGAGUGCCAUACGGAGGCGUACCCCUCCUCCAUCAACUACUGGACCACUGACCGCGGAGACAUGAUCAUAUCAGGAAAUAAAUACAUCACGUCACUAAGCGACGACAGUUACAGUCGGAAAAUGAAAUUGACUAUACGGAGGGUAUCGUCAAAAGAUUUUUCAUCUUACCGCUGCGUCGCGAAGAACUCCCUCGGCGAGACGGAUGGGCUUAUCCGACUUGACGAAAUCCCCGCUCCUUCGACAACGAGUACCACGGACAAUAACGUCCCUACAUUUCCUCAAAGAAAGAAAGGUAAACAUAAAAAUCGUUGGCGGGACAGCUCCGCCGAGAACAGAGUCAUAGGAGACUACGAAGUAGAAGAGUGGAAGGAUGUCGAUUACGAGUCGACGCAGUCUUCCCGGUCCACCAUCAGUCGAGGCGCUUCUCUGGUCAUCAUUGGAGGCUUUUUGAUUGCAAGCUGA